ACUCUUCGCGCUCAGAAGUCAGAAAUAGUCUUAGACGCGAGGAAACAAACAUGUUUUCAAUUGAGCAUUACAGUAAUUAACAACGGUCUCAGCUUACAGUGCAGUACUCCCAGGGAACCUCUCCUUGAAAUGAAUAUAUAAGCAUACGCUUUGAACUUUUAAAAGAUAGGAACCACUUGAAUUCAUAGAGAACACAGAUCUUGCACCAUGCGCAUUGAAAUCGUGGGUGAACGAUAAGAGGCCAGGAUCGCUACUUAUGCUGAUGAGUCAAUUAAGACGAUGGAUAAGAAAAUGAUACAAACAGAUAACGGUCUAUUUAUCUAAAAACAUCACAAUUUCUUGUGUCAAUCAGGAAAUAUAUUACCGGAACUAUGUUGGAAUCUCAGAAAAGUGUUCCUGUAUGAAGUUGAAAAUCGGGAGAUAAAUACAUCAAAAAGUGUGAAAGUCAUGAAACCGGUGUCAAGGCAACCUGGGCUAAAUGUGAUAAAAGAAGGAGUAUUCGAAAAUUCCGACUGUAAUCCCGACCAUGAGGGGGAGAGGCCUGUACCCCCGGGCUCCCCAUCUGACCUCGUGCGAUUACGCGCCACCGCCUCAAGAUUACGACUCCAGACGAAGAGACAGAGUUAUAUAAACUGGAAAACAAAUCACUAUGACAACUUCUUCAAACAGAACAACAGGAAAGCUGUGUUAUGUGAGAAUGCAUUAAAGAACUGGACAGAGGAAUGUCGAACUAAGAGACCACAGAAGAAAGGGUUUCCUGCUGGGCAGGUGGAGUGUGAAGGGAAAACCAUGACUAUAGAUCAGGCUCUGAACUGGAUUCGACACGAACUGAAGGCUAUGAGGCUGGUAGACCAGGCCCUCGCCCGGCAGCUCCUGACCCUCCGUCACGAGAUACAGGACAUCCGGUUAAGGUGGAGCUGUGAGGACCACAGGAGUCUGGUGGAGGACAUACAGAUAGAACUAGAGGAGCUCCAGUAUCUAGGGGAGAUAAUCGACAUUCCUGUCCACCUCCUGGAAUUCCACAACCCCCUCAAACACUGGGGCGUCACAAAACUCAAUCUACAUAAUAAACGCUUCUCUACGUGUUAAAUUUGUAAGCUUUAAGAACGAUAAAAAGAUAAAGGUUUUUUUUUUACCUUACGUUUACCUUUGAGGAAUUAUUUGUAUAUUUUAUUUUGACAAAAUGCUACUACUCCCCACUAUGUAGUAUUUUCCCCAUUAUCAGCUCGAACUGAUUAAAUUAGAUUCCUCUGAUGGUCAAUGUUUACAAAGAUUGGGGGAGUUGUAUCGAAAAUUAUUAUUUUCCCACAUUCUGCACACUAAGGAAAAUAUGUGUAUUUCUCUUAAGAAUUUCCCACAUUCUGCACACUAAGGAAAAUAUGUGUAUUUCUCUUAAGAAAAUAAGUGAGUGUUAUUGAGCUAAUUUAAAACCUCAGGUCAUUUUCUCAUCAGCAGUAUUGGUAUUUUUCUACUAUGCAUAGAGCGAUUAUUAUUUUGUAUGUUGUUACACUCUACCCUCUCUGUCAGUUACACACUUGAGGAAAAUAAAAAGAACAAAAACAAUACUGCAGUACUCAUAGUUUCUAAAUACAAUAAAGGCACCUAAGAAAUUAUGCUCCUCAUAAUCACCACAUGUUGUAGAAAUUUUAUCGUCAU